GCCCCAUACUCGACCUCUGAAAAUAUAAAAAUAUUCGUGGAGCACGUCGAAUCAAUCCCGUUCAUCGUUUGCACUAUCUGGAACGUGUACUCAUCAAGCUCAAGCAUCGAGAGCACGGGCUUAGGCACACUAAACUCCUCCAAAUGGUCACGGUCCUCAAUAAUACGAAAUGACGACCUAAAGGACAUAGGAACCACGUCAUACUCAAAAUCACAAGUCAACUCCUCAAUCAACGCACACCUCGGGUCCACGACAUCACAUAAUAGCUCUAAAUCCUCCUCAACAACAUCCACAAAAUCAUCAAUGACCACAUCCUCCUCCUCAAUAUCAUCCUCCCGAGCACUAUCAACACCGUUCGACACAAUCGAACCCUCAAAUGAAUUCUCCCCCAUAUCAUACACCAUAUCAACACCCGAAUCCAUACACUCACUCUCAACAAUAGAAUCAAAGCUCAAAGCACUAUCACCGAAAGAAAGAGUUGACGUACCUAACGUGGAUUGCACGGCCGAAUCGUCGAGAGAGGGAAUUUCUUUGACAAUCAAAUCGUCGAUGUCCUCACUCGUGUCGAGAGAUUCGGGAUGUACGUGGGAGAUGCUCAAGGACUUGAUCCGUGAGAAGUACUAUCUCAUCUACUACCGAGCAGAGAUGGAGCGCCAGUUUCUAUCGCUCCGGCAGGGUACUCGUACUGUCGACGAGUACGAGAGAGAGUUCACGAGACUUGCAGCUUUU